UUCACACAAAAGAGCAUAUUAUCACAACAGAGCUUAUCAUUCAACGAAUAUCCUCAUUCAGCACCGGACCACGUGUUCAUACAGAAUAACGUUUUUCCGAUUUUAAAAUAAUGGCACCCCGAUAAAAAAUUAAAUGAUUCUGAGUACAAGUAAAGUAAUAAAAUGGGACACUGUGGACCUCGAUCCUGCCUCCACGCCAAAAUUGACCGACCCAAUUUGGGAUAGUGAAGUGAUCGACUCUUGGAAAAGGUUACAUUGGUGUCAAUCUCAUCUCAAUACCGUAGUUCACAUAACAAACAUCAUGUCAUUUUUCGCAAUAACUGCCGCAGUCGAACUUCAAAUCCAGCCAGACCUCGCAUCUGAACCGUUAAUCAUUGCGUACGUGGUAACUACUUGUCUGCUCGUGGGGACAACAAUCAUUGUAAAAAUUGGGUCCUCCACAAUCCUUCCCCAUAUCGAAGCAGUCAGCGGAAUGGGGUCCAAUAGCUCGGAAGUGUUCACAUCUCCACAUGACCAACUGUUUGAUCAUAUUUGCAUUAUCUGCUUUCUGGGACAAACAUUCGCCCCGUUUCUCUUUUGUAUGGAUCUCAUUCUAAUCGCGUGGAUCAAAUUCGCGCAUUUUGCUAUAGAAGCACCAAUGAAGGCAGUAACAGCGAUAAUUGUUCCUGUUCAGGUUGUCAUUUCAUUGUUUGGGUAUAUAAUGAUUCGCCGGAUUCAAAGAUUUAGAGAGGAGCACAGAAUCUACUUGAAUCGCGGACCUACACGAAGAUAUUCUGAAAUUGCGGAAACCUGGAACGAGAACGAGGACGAACUUGAAGUUGGUCAUCAUUCUGAAGAUUCCUCUUUACUUGCCUCGUAUCGAACUAAUACCAGUUAUGGAGCUGUGUUAGGGAGCGACGACGUUUUUAAUCAGUGCAAAGUUUUGGUAGAUAUGCAUUAACGUUUUAGAGCUUAAUUUUUCAAUUUCUCAAUCCAAAUUCGUUUUACGGCUUACAUUAAUGUGUAAUAUGGGAACAAACUCAAAUGGUUAUGCAUAAAUCUACAUAUGUACAUACAAAUUAUAUGACCUGAUACCUUGUUUUAAAUUGAUGCAUCAUUUUAGCUGAGAUAAAAUGAAGUUUAUUUUUUGUAAUUGUUAUUAAAACUUGGGGUAUUUAAGUACAACUGAAAUAUAUGCAAUAGAGUUCAACUGAUAA